UGCUCUCUUGCGACUAUCAGUACUUCUGUCUCGGCAAACGGACAAGUGUCUAGUGGCAUUGACUGGGUGAAGAAAUAUACAUUCCGAUUUGUGGAUUCGAACAAUUACUACGAGGAGUCAGUCACUAUCACGCCCAAGACUAACGCGACAAACAUCAAAAUACCUUGUAGAAACACCAACGAACUGUUGGAUUUCAAUGCAAAAUCCUUCAAUGUAUCAGGCUGUGAUACUGUCGAAAUCUUUGCUUCUGCUGAUGUCAUUGUUCAUGGCAAAGUGUCCAGCAGCAAUGGUUUCACUGCAGGGUUUUUAGCCCUACCAGAUGAUGAUCUGGGUACAGAGUAUUUGGUUGAUUGCUAUACACCUAUCAAUCAAACGACACAAGUGGCCAUAUCCGCCAUUUCAAAUGACACGACCAUAACUGUUAAUUGCACAAGUAACUGCACUUUCAAUGGGUCAAGUGUCUCUGGGUCUUUCCAAUUGGGAGCUGGGGAAUCUGGAAUUUUAAAGAGUACCGAAAACAACACGGAAAUGACUGGAACCUACAUUGGAUCUAAUAAACCAAUCUCUGUCAUUGUUGGGGCCUUUAAUGUUUACAUUCCGAGGGAUAUGGAUACGGAUAAGGGCCAUGGCGUCGUUAUGGAGCAAUUGCUACCGAUUUCCGCUUGGGGUCGAACGCACAUCGUGCCACCAUUCAGAGAUACCCCGAACGGUUGGAUCUUACGCAUCUCGGCGAUAAACUCAAGCACGAACGUAUCCUUGACAGAUUGUGAGAUCACGAGAAAUGUAACUAAACGAUUGAAUAGUAGAGAGUUUACUGAUAUUACCGUUGAUGGAACUAAUCAAAGAAUGUGCCUCAUAGAAGCCGACCAGUCCAUCCAAGUGAUGCAAUACGUGGCAAGUUCACGCACCUCGCCGGAAGAGUUUGGGGAUCCUAGUAUGACGGUAAUUCCUGCAGUAUCACGUUAUCAUGGCGACACUUCAGUUAGCAAGGUUAGGAAAAAAGAAUUCAAUUAUACCAUGGAUGUUGUCACAACAAGCAAAGACCCACCGAUGAUUAACGGCCCUCCGGUUGUUCACAUAGGUCAAACGCGGUCCCUCAUUAUUAAUGGGACACAGUUCUUCUUGUACACCUUCGAAUUACCAAUUGGAAUAUAUCAGGUGACUCGUCGGAACCAAUCAGAUAGAAUGUGGGUCAGACUUUACACGCUUCACAAUUCUCUUGGUGCAGCAAUGUUAGGAGAUGUAGGAGUCUCAGUGAGAAAUAACGACAAAAUCACUGACAUCAAGGGCAAAAAUGACGAACUAAAGAAAAAGCAAAAGGAAUUUGAAACCCGAUUUCCACACGAUUUCCCCAGUUAUGAUGCAGCAGCGGAAGCACUCGACACUGUUACGUCGUAUCUCGUUGACAAAGGCGAGCUUGAUUCCGUGAUCGAAACCGAAGUCGCACUCGAGUUCUUCAAGGGUGUCUUAACCCGGAAACCUUUACUGAACGCUACCGUGAAUGAGACAAAGUCAUUUCUAAAUAAAACCAGCGAAGCGCUUAAUGUUCUGUUUUCCAACAAGACCAAUGAACAUCUUGCCCGCGCAUGCGUGGAAAAGAGAAAUUUGAGCGCUUCACCUGAGGAAAUCCAGUAUGAACUCGAAGGGCUCUUGCACGAUGCUUCCGAAUUGAUCGCUGGUGGCGGACUGUCAUCAUUUGACGUCUCGCGAGAAAAUGCAGCAAUCGCAAUCGCCCCUACAAGCAUGACCAGUCGCGGCAAUGCUGCAACCGCUGCAGAAUGUGGGGGCGCCCUAAGCAUUACUGGAUACGGCGCGGAGAUACCGUGCGAAGUCUUGAAGGAGAUGGGAUCCCGCGCUGUAUAUCAGAUGAGGCUGCCUUUCGGGGCAGACGCACUUGCAAGUUCAAAGUGUUCUGAGAACAGGAAAAAGAUUGCAACUUCGCUCCUUAGCGUGGGACUCGUAUCUAAUCAGCCGAAACGGGAAUUCAGCAAAAAUGUUUCAUUAACCUUCAACAUAAGGCCUUCUGAGGAUGGACCCAACAAUGAUACCACGCUAUGCUCCUUUUGGGACAAUGAGAAAGGAGAUUGGUCGACAUCGGGUUGCACCCUGGAUUCCAUUGACGUCAUCGACGGCGAGACCAAGGUCACGUGUCUCUGUAACCACCUGACAAGUUUCGCUGUACUCAUAGACGUGACCCCAGGCUCAGCAGAGAUUGAUCCAAGACAUGAACAGAUAAUGAAGCUUUUGACAUGGAUCGGAUGUGGAUUCUCAAUCGUGGCUUGUUUUCUGACUUGUUUUGGUUACGCCAUCCUCAGACUCCGGAGCGAUCUUAUUUUAGUUCAUGGAAACCUUGCACUGUCCGUUGGCUUGGCUGAAACAGCUUUCCUUUGCCUUGGUGCUAUCCCGGAUCCUGAUGCUCGACCGGUAAGGAUCUAAUGAAGAUUUCCCUUCUCUCUCUCUCACACACACACACUAACCCUCCCUCCCGCGCAUUUUUUUUUUUUUCUUGCUUUUUUAGCCUUUAUUCAGAUACUAUUACAUUUUUCAUGUACAAGGGUAAUAAAUCAAAUACACAGUAUGCAAAUUAAAGUGAAGUACACUUAUACAGCAAUAUAACAUACGAAAUAAUAUACAUCUUGAUAUAAAUUUUUCGAAACAAAUAUUAUCAUAACCCAUAAUACCAAUAACAAAAACCUCGUAAUUUCACAUGUAUUUACUGUAUAAUAAUACCGUAUUGUAUGAUGAAAAAUCAAAAGUACAGACUUUUUUAAGUGAAGAGGUUAUCCCAUAAUAAAAAAAAAGUACUUAUACAUGUAUAUUCAUUCCUCCAACUUUUGUAAGACAAUACAGAAAAAAAAGUCUCUAUGUUUAUUCUUAGAAAGUAUACAAUAAUCUGAAUAAAGAUUUUGUAUAUAAAGCACACACG